AUGGCGUCGCUCUCACGGCUUCCUGCCGAGAUUGCAUGCGACGUGGUUGCGCUGGCGCUGACGUCCAAAGGCUUCCACGCGGUCCUCCUCGGCAGCGCGUUCAUGAGGCGCAAAGUGCUUGCGCUCCGCGGCGCGAUAUGGUGUACACAGCGAGCAGCAUGGGGCGCGGCACUUCUUGCCCUCUCGAAGCGAAAGCGGCUGGAAGUAGCAGACGCGCUGGAGAUGGUGAACGUCAUGGUCCGGUUCCCGCGGCAUCCGCUGUGGUCGCAGCUCCUUGGCGCGGUGGUGGCGCGGCAGCCCGAGGUGCUCCGACGGGCGAUCCGGGUGGACCGCGGGAGGCCGCAGCCGCUGGUAGCGGUUCUUGCUCGGCACGGGGCGGAAGACGGAGUGCGAUACUUGCUGUCGCGCGGUGAUGUAGAUGCUGCAGCCGAUGGCAACGCAGCCAUAAUCGGGGCCAGCCGCGAGGGCCACGUGGGCGUGGUGGCGCUCCUGCUCGGGCGCAACGAGGUCGAUCCGGGCGUGGACUCCAACUGUGCGCUCCGGCUCGCGGCCGAGGCCGGGCACGCCGACGUGGUGACGGCCUUGCUGGGCCACCCGGGCGUAGAUGCCGGGGCGAGCAACAACGUGGCACUCCGCGGCGCGGUGUUCAACGGGAACGCCGCGGUCGUCGACCGUCUUCUCUCGUCCGGUAGUGUGGUGGUUGGAAACAACUGUUACUGGAUCUCUCCGCAGGCGCGGAGUCGUGACAUUGUCCGUCUUGUGUCGCGGACGGACAUCUGCGCCAAGGUGUACUGUCUCGAGUAGCGAUGCCAAUACAUCGCAGAGGUUGUACGGCUUGUAAAGGACUCACUCGGUA